GAACCGUGUGCGAACCCCUGCUCCCCGCGUCCCGCGCGAAUGGGACCGCUCCCCACCCCCACCCCCGAGGCAGGCUGGGUGGAGCUCAGGUCCCAGGCACCGUCUUGGACAAAAUCUUCUCCACCCGGGCUGUUUGUGGGGUUUGGUCCUUUUGGGGAGCACACCGUGAACGCCAGCUGGAUUGCAGUCCAGGAGCUGGAGAAGCUGGGCCUUGGCGACAGCGUGGACCUGCACGUGUAUGAGAUUCCCGUCGAGUACAAGACGGUCCAGAGGCUCAUCCCCGCCCUGUGGGAGAAGCACAGCCCACAGCUGGUGGUGCAUGUGGGCGUGUCGGGCAUGGCAACCACAGUCACGCUGGAGAAGUGCGGCCACAACAAGGGCUACAAAGGGCUGGACAAUUGCCGCUUCUGCCCCGGCUCCCAGUGCUGCGUGGAGGACGGGCCCGAGAGCAUCGACUCCAUCAUCGACAUGGACGCCGUGUGUAAGAGGGUCACGACGCUGGGCCUGGACGUGUCGGUGACCAUCUCGCAAGAUGCCGGCAGGUACCUCUGUGACUUCACCUACUACACCUCUCUGUACCAGAGUCACGGCCGCUCAGCCUUUGUCCACGUGCCUCCGCUGGGCAAGCCGUACAACGCAGACCAGCUGGGCAGGGCGCUGCGGGCCAUCAUCGAGGAGAUGCUGGGCGUCCUGGAGCAGUCCGAAGACAGAAUCCACUGUCGCCACGAACACUAAGAGCCACCCAGGCCUCCCGAGGCCUCAUCCUACCAGGGACCCAGGAGGAGGCAAACUUUCAGCCGGUGAUCUGAUUCGGAUCAGAUAUUUCUGUUUACACACCUCCUUUCCCUUUUGAUCUGCAAACGUGCUGAUUGAUUUGAACGGGCUGCUGAAGAGUGUUUCUCUGUUUCCCUUGGCAUCUGGGGAGGUGGCCGUGAUGUCCGGAGCCCCUUGGGUGCAGAUUUCCGAAGAGAAUCCUGAUUGGGUUUAUCUCCACGCCGCGAUCCCACAGCUGGGCCACCUGCGCGCCUGCUCCUGAGGGCUCCGGUGACGGGAUUUCGGAGUUCCCGCCGUCCCAUCACUGGAUUUUCCCAACCGUGAAAGCCUCUCCGAGAGGCUGCCCUGACCCAUGUCCCCACAGCUUGGACAGCCGUGGGCUAUGCUGUGACUUUGUUAUUUUCAAAAUUCUAUUCUCUCUCUCUCUCUUUUUUAAAUUAAUUGUUGAGAGAGGGAGAGAGAAGGGGGGGGGAGAGAGAAACCCUGACUUGUUGUUCCACUUAUUUAUGCACUCAUCGGUUGCUGUUUGUACGUGCCCUGACGGGGGAUUGAACCCGCAAACCUUGACAUAUCCGGGCGAUGCUCUAAACAAAUGAGCUACCCGGCCAAGGCCUUACUCUCUUUUUUAAGACAAUAGUGCUAGUUUGGGCACAGAGUACUUUAUAUUCCCUUUGGUUAAAACACAGGCUUCAGCCAACAACGAAAGUGUCUUUUCUUUUUCCUGGGGUGCAGCCCCUUCUGCCUCCUGUCCGGAGCACGGGACCUGCAUCUUCGGUCGGGGGCUGACUCUGACCGUGCUUGGGUUUGGAGACGGGGUGGGGGAGGGUCUGCUGCCCCAGGAGGCUGAAGGGCUUGCGGACCCUUUCAACACCCAAGCUGUGAGCUCUGGAGCGGGCCCCCCGGCAGAAAGGCCGACUUUGCCAUCUUGGCAUGUACGUGAUUUUUUUUGUUGUUUUUUAAUAUGUAAAAAUUUGUAGCAGCUGAAAACCCACCCACAUCUGGCCUGGAUUUUGGAGCUUUGGUGCUAGGGGCAAGCUUCUUGUUUUCCUUUAGGGGGCGCCCAAAGCCGGGCCUGGGGCUGGAGUUUGCCGAGCUCCUGUGUGUGCUGGCGCAGUGACCAGCGGGCUUUUGUGGCGAUGGUUUUUGGCGUCGCACCCCGAUUCAGGAGUGAAUUGUUACCACCCUCCCUGGUGGCUUUGGACGUACAGCCAGGGAUGAGCGUGGCAUUUCCCAGGAGGCAACUACCUUCAGCUGUCCCUUGGCAUCGUCAGGACAGGGCGGUGGCAGCAACCAGGAAGCCGAUCGAGAAAAAAAUACAUGUUUUGGAAGAAUUCCCUUUUUUGGGAGAACAUGUGGUUUUAUCAUUUCCCUAAGUGCGAAGCAAACCAGAAUCUGACGCUGUAUCGGAUCCCGUCGAUAUCCCGACAUGCAGGUUUCUGCUUGUUUUUAAUUUCUUACUUACUGAUUUUUAGAGAGAGAAGAGGGGAGAGAGAGAGAAACGUCGAUUUGUUGUUCCGCUUAUUUACGCACUCCUUGAUUGAUUCUUGUAUGUGUCCUGACUGUCGAUGGAGCCCACAGUCGUGGUGUAUCAGGAUGAUGCCCCAACCAACCAAGCUACCUGGCCAGGGCUAUUUUUAAUUAGUUAUUUAUUUUUUAAAAAAAGGAGAGUGAGAAAGAGAGAGAGAGAGAGAGAGAGAGAGAGAGAGAGAGAGAGAGAGAGAUACAUCAGUGCGUUCUUCGUCUUAUAUAUGCAUGUAUUGGUUUAUUCCGGCAUGUGCCUUGACCAGGGACCGAACCCACAGCCUUGGCGUAUCAGGACGACACUCUAACCAACUGAUCUACCCGGCCAGGGCCAGUCUUGUUUUUUAAAUAGUUGAUAUUUUUAUUCUGUUUUCUUAAACAUUUACCUUCUUUCCCUCCUGUUCCAGUGCCGGGGUGGUUCCUGCCUCUGCAGAGCUAUGUGGACUGGGAACCAGGUUGAUGGGUUUCUGAGUUAGAGGCAUUUUCUGACCCCUGAGCUUUCUCUGGAGGAGGAAAGGGGACGCUGGUGGAAGGCGUGGAGAGGGUGCUUGGCUGUGGGCGUAGACUGUGGCCAGCAGGUAGAAAUGAUUGGGCCUCUGCUUCCCCCUCCAUGCCAGCCCUCCCUCUGCCAGAAAUGUCCCCUCCAUGUCCCCGGUCUGAGUUUGGGGGUCUCCUGAGGAAUCUGGGUGUGCGGGAUAUAAUUGCAUCUGCUCCCUCACCUGUCUUCUGUGGGCAGAAUUGUGGCUCUUUUGAAUGUGGGGGGCUCAAGGCUUGGGGGGGCGUAGAGGUCCUAUUCAUAACAUCAAGUUCCAUCUAGCUCUGCUCCCCAAAGAUCUGAUUUUGGGGGCUCUGAGGAGAAAAUGAAUCUUGGCAGGACGGGGAAGGAGGUGAGGGCUGGAGGUGAGCCAGGGCCAAUCUUAGCUGGGUACCUACUGGAACCCAGGCACCCCCCAAAGUCCACAUUUUCAUCUUUCUUUUGUCCUCAUUUCACCUCUCUGUUUAAAGCAUCCUGAGAUUUAGCAGCUGAGAGACGUAACUUAUUGUCUGAUCAUUGUCAAGUGUGUGUGUGCCAUUUUUGUGUUCCCGCAUUUAUUUGUUUUAGAUUUCCUCGAGUUGGAUCGGAAUCCUGUCCUUGUCCAUGAUACAGCACAUAUAGCUCAUUUUUAUUUAAUCAGACAGCUAUUAAAUAUUUCACUCAUUCCCUGACAGGUUUUUUUUUUUUUUCCUGUUUUGAAUUUUU